UACGGUUAUUUAGAAAUUUAUUUUGUUUUCUCAGAAAUAAUUAUAUUUUAAUUUAUGUUUAAAAUUGAAAUCAUAAAAAUUUGAUUUGAUGAUUCUGUGAUUUUAAUUAAGUGGAACGAAAAGAAUAAUUCAAACCAUGGCCAUCAUACCGACUAUUAAACGCUUUAGCCCCUCAGGUUUACCACGUGUAACUAUUUUUGUAGGAUGUUUACUUCUUCUUCAUGGUGUGUUUCGAAUUCUAUUUUCGGUAUACGAGAUGAAAACUCGCGAUCAAGAGGAUCCUGUUUUUGUUGAUGCUCAUUUUGUUGAUGCCAUGAUAUCAAUUUCCAUUUCAAUAAUUUUUGGAUUUGUGGGUUUACUUUUAAUAAUUGGAACAUAUAAGAAAUCUCAUUUGAUGUUAUUGCCAUGGUUGAUCUUAGAAGGACUUGGCUUAGUAAUUUAUUUUCUACAAACAUCAAUGAAUAUAAUUUCUCUAAUUGUUUCUGAAGAUAAUUAUAAUAAUAAAUUGCAAGAGUUUGCUAUAUCGAUGGUAUAUUUGUCAAUAAUGGGUCUUUGUGUUUAUAUAUGGUUGGCAGUUCUUCAAUUCUAUCAAAUGCUUCGAGAUGAAAAACAAAAACCAAUUAAAGAUGACGAAGAAAAAUUAGUUUCAAAAAUUAUUAUUAAAAAUCCAGUUCGUCGAGAUAAACCAUAUCUUCCUGCUUAUGUUAUUCCAAUUUCUUACUCGAAACCACAACAACCUCCUUCUCAAAUAAAAUACUAAUUGUGCUAUCAUCUAACAUUAUGUACAUUAUGUAGUUGUGUAUUAGUACUUACGAAAAAUACAUGUCAAAAAAUGUAUAUUAUAUUUAUCUACAUUAAAUAAAAAAAACAUUAUUUUCACUUUUUUGUGGGUUCUUACAUCGAAAAAAAUAAAACAUUGUUAAAA